AUCUCAGAUGGAACGCAGUCCGAGUCGAUGGCCGGCAUGGUUUCAUAAAAGGAGUCAAACCGUCUCAAAACUCAAUUCCACCCGGAUUGUCAUACCAUAAAAUUUGUAAAUUUUUCAAAAUAAUCGGAUAAUUAUGUUGACGGGUUGUGUUAGGGCGUAAAAAGGAGAGAGCUUUGUCCUUCGAAGGCGAGGUUCUCUCUCUCCCGAGCUUUGUUUCUUGUCAAGAACUUGAAAAGUGCUCGGGGUUUUCUUUAAAAAAAAAACCAUGUAGUGUGUAAUUUUUUUAAAAUAAUUAUUAUAAAUAAAAUGGAAUGUGAUGUCGGGAUCCUUGUCGAGGAUGAAUCGGACGAUUCUGUCUCUGAAAUUUUCCUUGUUUCGAAGACAAUCAAGUCUUACGUCUGCGAGGAUGAAGAAGAUGACUUUUUCGAUAUCGAAAGCACACCGGCGAUCAACUUGCGAGACCUGAACACAUGGAACGAUAACAACGUUGACAUCAAAUUCCUGGAUAUGUCGAAGGAUGCGACGUCCUCAGCUUUUGAGAACUGUAUUCCCAUUUUCCCGACUGACAUCUGCCCGGAGGACGACAUCGAGGGCGUCUCGUUGACAGGGCCUGGUAUGGGUGAAGCAGGAGUAUGCGGUCUAUGGAACCUCGGGAACACGUGUUUCAUGAGCGCUGGUGUCCAAUGCCUGAUGGCAACAGCACCGAUUGUUUCAACCCUCCUUAAUGCUCAGAUCCCUCCUCACCAGUCGCUGACUAUCGGCCUCGCAGAUCUUGCCAAAACCAUGUGGAGCGGAAAGCAGCACUCUGUCCUCCCGGCAGACUUCAAAAACUCCUUAGCAAAACAUUUUCCUCAGUUCAAUGACUACAGACAGCAUGAUUGCCAAGAGUUCCUCGCACUUUUACUCAAUGGACUUCAUGAACAACUGAAUACUGCUUUGAAAAAUAAAUUGUGCUGUAAAAAUCAGGAUGAAUCUUUUGAAGAAGGGAACGACAUGAAAAAAAUCAACUUCUGUGAGCAGGCUCAGUCGACGAGCAGUAAAAGUGAAGUUCUUGGCUUUGUCUCAUGUACAGAGUCUAGAAUGUCGGAAAAGGAAACUUUCAACAAUUCCAUUGUAAAUAAGUUCAGCGCAAAGAAAACCGUUGUGAACAAUUUGGCUGAAAUGAACAACAAGGGAUUGGCCCAUAUUGAAAAAUGUGAUAGUAAAAACUGUGAUAAGCAAUUGAACAAUAUAUGCACUGGGUCGUCGCCGGAGAAUAAAAUCAUUCUCAACAAUACAAUAAGACCUUUUACCGGCUUAGAAGAUAUUAUUAAAGAACCGAGUCCGGUCGAUUCAAAAAAUGUUUUAGUUACAGAAGAAGAGGCUAAUAAUGAACUGAGAUUUGACUCUGAAAAGUAUCCAAGGACAGAUAAUUUAAUAAGGAAUACUAAUUCGUUUCAACUUUAUGAAAAUAACACCAGCGGGAAGAGAUGUAAAACGACAGUGACGCACUUUUCUAAUCCUGCGGAACUUAAAGAAGGAUUGGAUUUGAAACGAGUCAAGCUAAACUCGAGCUCAUCGGACGAAGAGAAAAACACAAAAAUUGAAAAAGAAAGGCAAAAAUUAGGAGAACAAUUUAUGCUUGAAAAAAACCAAAGAAUGGAAUGUGAAAGGAAAGAAGACAAAUUCAAGGGUAAAGGCGAAGGGUCUAGUUUUGAGACGAGCAACUCUUCAAAUCUCAGUUUCGAAGCAUCUGGCGAACUAGACGCUGAUAAACACUGGCAGGAUCAUUUAUCAUCUAAUAGAAGCGUAAUCGUAGAAACUUUUCAGGGUCAAUUUAAGAGUACGGUUAUUUGCGCUACUUGCCAAUUUGUGUCAGUCACCUACGAGCCGUUUAUGUACCUGUCAGUUCCGCUCCCGAACGCGAUGCAAAAGAUCAUAAAUGUAACUUAUGUCUCCGAUUCAAAGAAAAAUCCCAGGGUAUACACAUUAGAGAUGAACAGGUACUGCGACAGUAUAGCAACGCUUAAAGACAGACUCGUCAACGAUCUUGAUGGUGAAUCUUCAAAUUCGAUAAUUAUAGCUGAAGUUUUUCAACAUCACAUAUCAAAAUUAUUGGAUGAUAAUUAUUUAAUUAGACAUUUAAAUCAUUCCGAUCGAUAUUUGUACGCUUUUAAAAAAAUUAUUUUAAAAGAUGAAGGAAAAGAUAUUUACAUCGACCCAAAGAAUGAAGACACCCUCGCUGAUAAUCACUGCAUCAUUUGUCUGGAAGACGUCCACAGCAACAUGAAGCAGCACAAAGGUUGUUCGUGCAUUCUCUGCGAAUCUUGUAUCACCGCAUCUCUUCAGCAUUAUGGUUCUUCAUUGAAGUGCCCUGUAUGCCAUCAAUGUAUAUUGCUUGAAGAUUUGUAUCCAAUUAAAAUGGAUAAACAAAUAACAACCAGGAUGUUAAAUGUGCCUUUAGUAUUUAGAGUAGACACAGUCGGUGACGGAAACAACAACCAAAAAGCUGUUCAGCUUUUUGGGCAUCCAAAAUUGUUGAGACUUCCCAAUCUUUGCCCUAGAGAUUCGUUAAAACAGACCAUAGCUAGUAUAACUCCGUAUUCAGAACCUUAUAGGCUUCUUCUCGUCGAGGGAAAAGGCGACAGAUGCUCAAGGUGUAUGUUUAAUGCGCAUUGCCACGGAUGCGAAGUGAACGGGGAUGAUCAGAUCCAGUUGAAAUACGGCGAUACUCUCGCCCUUUCAUUUUCUUCGCCUGUCGACUCUAGUCAUGAAUCAUCGCUAAAUGAUAAACAAGUUGAAGACUCGCAACCGAUGCUCACUCUAAAUGACUGCAUACAAUCAUUUAGCAAAAGUGAACUUCUCGACUCGAGUAAUCCGUGGUAUUGCCCGCACUGUCGGGAAAACAGAUGUGCAACAAAAACAUUGACAGUUUGGCGAUAUCCUGAUUAUUUGAUAGUUUACCUAAAAAGGUUUGUUUUUCACAAUCAGAUUAGCACAAAGCUAAAGGAAAAAGUCUUAUUUCCACUCACAGGGUUAUCUUUCGCAUCUUGCAGUUACAGUUACGAUCUCUACGCUUGCGUUUGCCAUAUUGGGGGUGUGUCUUCUGGUCAUUAUACUUCUUAUACUCAGCACCCUCACACCGGCGAAUGGCAUUAUUUCAACGACAAUGAAUUUGUCAAACAAUGUCCGCAGGAUGAAGACUACAGCAAUGCCUACAUCCUAUUUUAUAAGAAGCAAGGAGUCAAAACCCCAGCAUUCGACCCUGAAGACAUUAACUUAGCAAUACCCGCUCAGAAAAAAGAAAAGAAGAAACUAUAAAAGAAAUAAUUAGCAAGUUUUUGUUUAAAUUUUUAUUGGUUUGUCAUGACCAAUAAUAACUUUAAAAGAAAAAUUAAAAUUUGUACUAUAUAGGUGUUCCUUCAAAAUGAAAUAUAUAAUUAUUUCCAUAUUUUAGACGAUGGUAAUCCUUAUAUUUAGCUAAUUGAGCUAGGCUGGAGAGAAGAACAGAAUAUAUGAUUUGAAGAAAAAAAAACUUUUCCUUAUUAAACACUUAGCUCAUU